GUAAAUGAUAGCACGAUGGAAGGAGAUCUAAAGAGUGUCUAUAAACUCUAUUGUCUAUUCACAGUUGGACUCACUAUUUCCAGUCUGCGUGAAACCACCAAGGCUCGCAACAGGAGGUCUCACAAUUGUUUAUGUCGUAAAGUACUUUGUAUAGCUUUGAUUGUGUUCAGUGAGUGUUCCAUCAACAUGCAAGCAAACUUUCGACAGAUUCUACAUAAUUUUCUCAAAAAUGAGGGCAAGGCAUUUUGUACAACAUCUACAGCUCUGUCCAAACCUUUCACUAAAGUUUCUGAAGCGGAUGGAGUUCGUGAAAUAACUCUUUGUGGCCCAGCAAGAAAUGCUCUUUCUGUCAAUAUGAUGGAAGAAAUAACACACAACAUUACGAAGGACCAAGAUGAUGUAGACUUGCGUGUUAUAGUUUUAAAAGCAGAAGGACCUAUAUUUUCUGCUGGUCACAAUUUGAAGGAAUUGAACUCUGAUUCUAAAGAUGUUCACAGAGCAGUUUUUAAAACUGCCUCAAAAAUGAUGCUGAGUAUUUUGCACUGCCCUGUUCCUGUUGUUGCUUCUGUCCAUGGUCUGGCUGCUGCUGCAGGAUGUCAACUUGUUGCUGGCUGUGAUAUAGCAAUAUGUUCAGAGAAUGCAUCUUUCUCAACCCCAGGUGCACAAGUUGGAAUAUUUUGCUCUACACCCGGUAUUGCACUUGCACGUGCUGUUCCUUCAAAGAUUGCUGCUGAUAUGCUGUUUACUGGUGAUACUAUUUCAGCACAAAAAGCUCUACAGUAUGGACUUGUUAGUCGUGUUGUUCCUGAUGCCCUGCUUGGUGAGGAGUUGUCCAAGGUGACUUCAUCUAUUUGUGCCAAAAGCAGAUCUGUAAUAGAACUUGGUAAGAAGUUCUUGUACUCCCAAAUUCAACAAGAUAUCUUCACAGCUUACCGUUUGGGUGAAAAUGUUAUGAUAAGCAACGUAUCAAUGAUUGAUGCUCAGGAAGGAAUGAACAGUUUUCUGAGCAAAAGAAAACCACAGUGGAAACAUACUUCAGAGUAAUAAAAACAAAAUCUGAAAAAAAAAUAUUUAAGGACCCAACUGUUAAAUGAAAAAUAA